AUGUCUGAGCCAUCUCCCACGCCGGUCGACGUCGACUCGCUCAACCACAUCCUCGGGGUAAUCGAGGCCUUCCGCGCCUUCGACUCCGACAACGACGGCUCGAUCAACGCGCAGGAGCUCGGCGGGAUCAUGGCCUCGCUCGGGUACAACGUGACCGAGCGCGAGGUACAAUCCCUCACGCACGGCGACGGCCUGAUGAGCCUGGCCGAGUUCGUGGAGAUGAACACGCAGAGUCUUCAAUUGAGCGGCCUCGGACCGCUCAAGGCGGCCAUCCGAGGCCUCAAUAUGCAGGAGAACGACGUCGUGACGGCGGAGGAGCUCCAUCGAGGCGUUUGUGAGUUGGGGGUGGAGUUGUCGUUGGAUGAUUGUAGGGAGAUUGUGGGAGCGAUGGAUGGGGAUGGAGAUGGAGAUGGAGAUGGAGAUGGAGAUGGAGCUGUGAGUGUGGAGGACCUUAAUCUUAUUCUUCAUUCUCUUCUUUAG